AUGCCGACCAGGCCCGAGACCAACGACAGCAAUGGCAUAGUCGGGACCACCCCUCAAAACCCCUUGGAGCCCGGCAUCUACGCACCGACGGUGGCCUUUUUCACGUCAAGCGACACCAUUGACGUCGAGACGACAGCUGCGCAUGCCAAGCGUCUUGCCCACGCCGGCAUUACCGGCCUAGUGACGCACGGAUCCAACGGCGAGGCGGUUCACCUCGAUCGCGAGGAACGACAGGUCGUCACUCGCGCCACGCGCUCGGCCCUGGACGCUGCCGGCAAGCCGCAUGUUCCCAUCAUCGUUGGGUGCGGAGCUCAGUCGACGCGCGAGACUCUUGGCCUCUGCCGCGAUGCCGCGGCCUCGGGCGGCAGUCAUGCCCUGGUCCUGCCGCCGUCCUACUACGGCGCGCUUCUGACGACGGACCUCAUCGUGGAGCACUUUUGCGCAGUCGCCGACGCGAGCCCUAUUCCCCUCGUCGUGUACAACUUUCCCGCCCCGUGUGGCGGCUUGGACCUCAACUCGGACACCAUCCUCCGACUGGCCAGGCACCCCAAAAUUGUGGGCGUCAAACUGACUUGCGGCAACACGGGAAAGCUGGCUCGCAUCGUGGCGGGGACCAAGGACUCCCACUUCCGCGUGUUUGGCGGCAGCGCCGACUUCACCAUCCAGACGCUGUCCGUGGGCGGACACGGCGUCAUUGCCGGCCUGGCCAAUGUCGCCCCGAAAGCGUGCAACGAGGUGAUGCGGCUUUGGAGCGCCGGCAGGACCGACGAGGCCGUUGCAAUACAGGCCGUCGUGGCGCGUGGCGACUGGGCCGCCAUCAAGGGAGGCUUCGUGUCGGUCAAGGCUGCGCUCCAGCGGCACCACGGCUACGGCGGGCAGCCGCGGAAGCCGUGCGCGCUGCUCGAGGGCGAGGCGCUCGAGGCGCAGAUGGGCGAGUUUGCGGAGCUCGUGGAGCUUGAGCAGAGCAUGGGGGGCAGUAGCGCGUGCGUGGAAAAUGGAAGCUGA